GUGAUAUGGAACUGUAACCUGUCAAAGAGAAGAGCUAGAGACAACUGCAGAGUGCGGACUUGCAGCAGGAAAACUGGCAGGAAAACGUCUGUCAAGCAUCAUUCCCCUUCAAUGUAUUAAUUCACAGACCCUUCUUAUACGCCUACAAUAAACUGGGGCCGGAAGCAUGAGCGACGACAGAAGGGCAAAGCGGGGCCUCAGGAGCCGGCCAAGCGACCGGAGCGGCGAGGAUGAGAAGGCUCCGCGUGCAGGAGCUGGGGCUGCUGGCGGAGGUGGCAUCUUUAAGUCAGCCGCAGUGGCCGUGCUGCGGCAACACCGCAAGCUGAUGACGACUGGGGACAUUACCAGGCUUGCCGUUGAGAUGGGUCUUCUGAAGUGUCAGGGCAAGACCCCAGAGGCUACCAUGGCGUCGGCACUGUACACGGACGUGAAGCGCAAGCUCCAGAAGUCGUUGUUUACCAGGCCGCAGGAGGGUCUUUUCGGGCUGCGUGAGUGGCUGGAUGAGGGCUACUACCCGGAGGGCUGGGUAGGGCCGCCCGACGGACUGGGGCUGGCGCCCUUCAAGCGCCGCAACAGCGCCAGCGCAAACGCGGGCGGCGGCGGCGGCGGCGGCACCUCGCCCUCCAAAGCCAGUCGGACAGGGGUGCGCACGGGCCCGGGGCGAUCCUCCAAAGCCCGCGCCUCACGGUCCUGGCGCAACGCGGGCAGCGACGCCGAAGAUGAAGACAUCAUCUUGGAUGAUGAUGACGACAGCCCAGUGGCGCGGCCCAGGCGGGGAGGCGGCAUAUCGCCGGCAGGAGAGGCGGCUGGCGGCAGCGGCACGACGCUGGCGGGGCUGGACGAUGAAGACGGGGACGAGGGGCUGGGCGAGGGCGAGGAGCUGGACGCAGAGGAUGCCAUGGACGUGGACGGAGCUAUGGACGGAGCGGGCGGGGAGGCUGGUGGGGCAGGCGACGGCUCGCCGCAUGGAAGCCCGGAGGAGGGGGCAGCGGGGGAACGGCGGCUCAGCGGGGGCGGUGCGGAGGAGGUGGAGGCGCAGCCACCGGCCGCCGGCCCGACCAGUCACGGGGAAGAGCAGGAGGAGAAUGGCGGGAGAGAUGCAGCCGGCGGACUGGCAAGCACCCGGCUGCAGCCGUCUCCCUCACCAGGCCAGGGCGCUGGGCGGCGAGGGGGUGCCCGCAGCAGCCGCAGCGGCGGCGGUGGCAUUGUUGGAGACGGUGGACUAGCGCAGGACGAGUGCCUCUCCCCACUCCAUAUGCUGGGCGAAGCAGCCAUGAGCGAAAGCCAGGGCGACCUGCCUCGCGGUGGGGGCAUGAGCGUGGACCAGCCAUCCGCCAAGCGCAAGCGGCCUACCAGCAUCGCAGUGCCGGAUCGGGGCGGCGGCCUGGGCGGCGUGGAGGGCAUCACGCCCAAGUCGCCCUACGAGGACAGCCUGGCUGCACUGCACGAGAUCGCCACCAGCCCCUCCACCUUCGAGCUGACGUCGGUGCGCGAGCAGCGCGAGGCUAACGGCAGCCUGGGCAGCGGCGGCAAGGGCGGCCGCGCGAGGCCGCGGCUGCAUGUGGACGUCCCGGGUGUGGGCGACCUGGUUGGCGGCCUCAAUAGCCGGCGUGACGGCACCCCGGGCGCAUCCCUGCUGACUGACAACUUAAUGCUGCAUGGCGAGACCACGCCAGCCAUCCUGGUCCAGGCCUCACCCGUCACAAUGGCGGACGGCCAGCAGGCCAUGGUGUACCGGCAGGCGCCGGUGAUGGUGACGCUGCCACCCGGGCUUGCGUCGCCGUCGGGGCCUGGAGCAGGGCAGCUGGACCCGCAGCCGCUGGUGCACGUGCAGCUGCCCAACCACAUCCCCGCGGAGCUGAUGCACAUGCUGACACCCGGUGGCCACCAGCAGCUGACGCCAGGGCGCCAGGCGUCGUUGACGGGCCUGGGGCCGCGCGGCGGAGUGCUGAAGGCUGAGGGGCCGGCGUCAUCGCGUGCGCCGGGCCGGCGUGUGAGCUUCUCAGGCCAGGUCGGCAUUCUUGGGCCGCCAUCUGCUGGCGCGCCAACCCUACAGCCGCUGCAGCCGCCCAGUCUGUCGCUGCCCAGCCAGCCGCCUCCGAGCACCGGGGGCGCCGGGAGCGGCCAGCAGGUGUGGCCGCCGCGGCUGACUCCGGCGCAGGUGGAGAGCGAGCUGGUGGGGAUCAAGCGCGUGCAGACGGUUGUGGAGCGGCUGGAGUCCAAGCUGGGGAAUACGCAUCCCCAGGUGGGCAAGGCGUGGCUGGCCCUGGCGCGUAUGUACCAGCAUGUGGCGGAGGCGGAGCGCAACAACGGCGUCAACUGCGCCAGCAGCAUGACCAAGGCCGCGGAGGCGCUGAGGCGGGCGUGGGCGGUGUGCCGCGGCUGCGCGGAGAGCUGCGGCGCCGCCAUCAGCUGUGACGAGGCCUUCAGCUACCUGACCAGCUCGUGUUCCAAUGCCGCGGAGGCAGCCGCUGCGGGCCCGGCGGACGGACCCCUGUCGCGGAUUGGGACGCCGCCGCCCGCUGGUGACGGGGGUGCAGUCCUUACAAACGUCGGAAUAUCGCCCGUGGAUGCAAAGUCGGCGGGCACGGCCACGGCCGGCGUGCCUUUGGCUUCUGGUCUGCCAGGUGGCGCAGGUGCUGGCGCUGCAAAUUCAGACACAUUGGCGGUGCAGGGCUAGUGAAAUGCUGUGCACCCCAGCUGACGCGCCGGACUGUUGUACUUUCGGACUGACUAUAGGCCAUACCAUGUACGGAACACGGACCUCUGGCACAUCAUGUCAUUCGCAAGAUCGCAGGUGCACAUAAGCGUACAGCAGCACAUCAUAAUGUAUAUUGACGAUACUGAGUUGAGCCAGUCGACGCAACGGAUAAUGCUAUGCCAUGACGUGGAAGUAGCCGUGAGGUCACACUGUUGUAGGCAGGACUUCACUGUCUGAAGUUGCAGGUAGGCAAGCCGGCCAAAUAGAACACGAAGGGUAUGUACAGAGCGACAGCUGACGGCGCGCCCGCAUGCUGCUGUGUGCGACAUGGUCCACGGGACAAGUUGUGGAUGGAGUGAUGGUGAUGCCCGUGUGAUCCAAGGUGUAACUUGGUGAGCCGGAGCUAACUGGCCCCAUUGCUUGGUAUUGAAGCACAGAGUGGGUGCGUGCAUUGGAGUUCCCAUACAGCCUUGCACACAGCUGAAAUUGUGGCUAAGCCGCAUCAGCGCUGCCGGUAAGACGGUAAAAUC